CAUAUUUUUGGCAUUUGUUAUUUGUGGCAUGUGCUCCAAAUAGUGCGGUUAUCAACCAAUAACUAUUGAAUAAAUUCUUUCAUAAAUUAUAUAAAUUCACUUUUACUAUGUCUGGUCGAGAAGGCGGCAAGAAAAAACCACUAAAAGCAGCAAAAAAACAAGAUAAAGAAUUAGAUGACGAUGAUCUAGCCCAUAAGCAAAAGAUGAAAGAGCAACAAAAGGCUUUACAAGAAGCUAAAGCUAAGGCUUCUCAAAAGGGACCACUAGUUGGAGGUGGUAUCAAGAAGUCGGGCAAAAAAUAAUGCAUUUUUUAAUUCUAUUUAUAUAAUCAUUAAAUCAAUUGUACA